CAAUGGUGGAGUAGUGCCAGGUGACAUUCGCAUCGUCACGACAAUGGGAGUUCCCGAUUAGGAAAUUCGAGUGUCAAAUUACUUCAUAAGACUUUCAGACUUUGUGAGCAUGAAUUAUAGUAUUAUUUAUCCAUCAAUUCCUUGUCAUGGACUCCGUUAAGCGUUCUAAAUGUUCAAAUGAACCGUCCAAAAUACUUGGUCACCAUGCUUCUUGUCGCAGUGGUUCGUCGCAAAAAACAGGUGAAAUCGCUCCAGUUCACAUCAAUAAUUCUCUAAUACAUUCUCUUCAUGACCAAAACUCAACCACCUACGUCAUGGAAUCUAAAAAACAAUCUGCUCUGACUAAUUCGCCAUCUGUAAUGACUGAAGUUAUUCCGUCAUCAAUAGCAUCUCCCGCACUUCUUAGGAAGAAACAAAAUGCGGGAUUAUCAGAGAUAUCGAGUGAUUUUCGGGAUAAAUUGAACUUUAGAAAUACUAAUGGUGUAUUGAAUGGAAUUAAAAUGGGCACUACUGAUGCUGAAGUUCACCACUCAGGAAUUGCUUCCUCAUCAAACUGUGCCAGCAACUCAACUUCACAUGGAAAUAUAGUUCCCUCCCACACAAGCUCUGUGUCUGUUAGAUCUAAAUUUCUUCCUCCAAAUCCCCUUAGUAAUAUAGCAAAUUCUACUAUAAUAGCCAACAGUGCUAAUGAAACAAAUUCUAGUCCUAACCUCACUACUCCUCCUCCCCCUCCUCCCUCAUUUCAAGAUAUACCCCCACUUAGCCCACCUCAUGAACCACCCCCUCCUCCUCCAUGUGAAGAACCUGGUGGAUAUCCUUACAUAAAAUCUGUUGCAUCUAGAGCCAUUGGAGCAGACAGUCCUUGUUCUUCUAAGUCAAGUCAAGAUGGUGGAACAGGCGUCUGCAAUGGCCACACAGUUUCUGAGGCAACAAGCAAUACCAGCAUUGCUGCUAGUUCUGAAUUUUCAAUAAGUUCAGAGAGGUCAACAGACUCGUCAUACUCUGGUGCUCGUGCAAGAACCAGACACACAUCUAACAGCUCAAGUCAAAGUACCCAGCCUCGGAGCGACCUUGAUCUCAGCCUUGCAAGUGACGUAAUACUUAAAACACCUGAAAUAAAUGUCAGCCCAUUGCCCAACCAUGAUGAUCUUCAGUUGGAAUAUGCUAACUAUGAGAAUGAGACUCAGAUGGCUGCAAUUAUGGCCCUCAUCCAAAAAGAUUUAUCUGAGCCAUAUUCUAUUUACACAUAUAGAUAUUUUAUCCAUAAUUGGCCACAUUUGUGCUUUCUGGCAUUGGUCAACAAGGAGAUCAUUGGUGCAGUCGUGUGCAAGCUUGACAUGCACAAGAAGGGCACUGUCAGAGGCUAUAUAGCUAUGCUUGCUGUAGACCAAAGAUACCGCAAAAGAAAAAUAGGUUCCAAUUUAGUGCAGCUGGCUAUGAGGGCAAUGGCUGCAGAUGAUGCUGAUGAAGUGGUGCUGGAGACUGAAAUAACCAACCAGCCUGCACUGCGCCUCUAUCAAGCCUUGGGCUUUGUUCGAGAUAAGCGUCUCUUUAGAUACUACUUGAAUGGUGUUGACGCACUACGUUUAAAAUUAUGGCUCAGAUAAAAGCUGAGGCUAAGUCGUUUCCUGGAGGUCAUGCAAUGAACGUUCCUCUGCACUGUCAGCAACAACGUAUGCCUAUUGACUAACCAUCUAAUCUUUAAGCUACAUUAGAAUUUAUGCCGCUCCUUGUAGAUCAGCGCUCUUACUACGUACUUUGGAACGCCAUGCACCAAGAGAAAUUUAGCUUCACUCUUCCUUUAAAAGUGGCUUCAAAUAUCAUUCAGGGAACGGUUUAUCAUCAAUGAGCAGGUUUUUAUUUCACAUGUUAUUAAUGACUGACACUAAAGUUGUUGAGAAAUUAAAGUAACUUGAUGAAUUAUGGACCAUGACAGUUACUCAUUCUGCAUAAGAUUUCCGUCUUCUGAAUGAUUUCUGUAUCCAUCUUAUUAUACUGUAAGUGUUGUGCGAGUGCCGUUUAAGUGAGGCGAGUAUCUAGCUUCCUACUAGCAAGUCUCCAAUUCUGGCACAAUUAUUUGUUGGUGAGUUACCUUUUCGAUUUAACUCAUGAGUUAUGCCGUCUGCAAUUCCUAGAAUUUGGCUGUCUAAAUCCAUAGAAUUGUGUUAAUUAUAUGCAGAAAGUAGCAAGUAUCGUAAUUAUUUAUUCCGAAUUUUCCAUUGUUUCCAUAACAAAUUGUCGAAUUACCCGCCUAUUCUAUAGCCAUGCUUGAUAAGCUAGUCUUUGAGACGCCGUUGGCCAUGUGUGGAAUGAAGUACCUUCUGUGACAUGCGGUGACGAAUAGAUAGCGCUUUCUAACGUCUCUCUUGUCCUCCUUAGAAUUACUGACCUAAGCACGGGAGAGUUUAAAGAUAUAUCAAAAUUCUUUCUACUUACGAUUUCAGUUUCUGUUAUAUGUCACUAUUGCAUUUUCAGCGAAUUGAGGUGGUUUUUAGUGUUUUCAUUAAUUCUUAGUUGAAACAUUUCAGUUUUUCUUGAAUAUUUAACUUGUCGUUGAAAAAUCCAAAAUUAUCACGUGUGUUUUAAUUAUUAUUAUUUUUUAUUUUUGGAGUUGGUCAUAUUGCAAUAUUUUUUAUGAAGAAGUUAGGUGAUAUUUGAUCCCCAGGUAUCGUCAUCGCUCGUGAAUUACUUUGUUGGAAAAUAGUGCUGCACGCUGCCUAAUCUUUCAAGAAUCAAUGCCCUCGGCUCGAAUUAAUUUCGAAUUAUUUCUUUUGCUGCAACUUCGAACGCACAUACGGAGUAAUCAGAAGUCAUUCUGACGCUGACAUUUUUUUCAUAUUCAAUAUAACCCUAUAAUUUUUAUGAGAAAUAAUUUCCUUCAUGAUGGUGCGUUUGUCUAAAACUCCAACGUUUCUUUUUAUUGUGUAAAUAUACAUUAUUAUCCUCAA